AUGGCAGACGCUAAACCCGAGGGCUCGCCGCCCACGGCCUCUCCUGCGACGACAUUUAAUCCUGCUAAUCCCCAUCCCAAUGGUGUGCCAAACGGGUUUACCAACGAUGCAAAGGGGCCCGGCGGCGUCAACGGCCUAAAUGGAUCGGCUGCAUCCUCUCAAACCAAUGCGCAUGCUGCUCCAAUUGCGCCGAGCCCGGUCCAGGGACCCGCACCUCCGGCGGCUGCAGCAACACCAUCUCCGGCGGCGAGUCAGGUUUAUCGCCAGCGAUCUAUGCCUCAUGGAAAAGUGGCUAUAGUAGAGCCUCCUGGAUCAGCCCGCCGGCGGACUAGUCCUCAGGGUUUCGGUUCACCAACAAGAGACUAUGCUCGCGACAACCCCAAGUUCAAUGACGACUCAUCGAGACUCACCCAUGCCAUCCAACAGUCUGUGCCUGAGGCUGUCAGACGUACUGUGCGUGAUAAUUGGGAGAAGGCUCUUCUGGGUUCCGAGUUUCACCAUGCAUUUAUCAUGAAUGCUGUAAUACAUCACGCAGACGGAAUCAUCAUUCGCAGGGCCAUUCGAGAUUUCGGCUACAAGAUGGUGUUGGAAUCCAAGGUCGAGUUGAUUAGUCACUUCCGGCCUCAGGACUUGGACGCAGUAGCCGACAAAAUCCUCGAGAAGGCCAGCGACGAAUUCCUUGAUAAGGCCAUGGAUAAACGGCUCAGCACCAUUGAUGCUCGCUCUCUUAUCAAUGCCUUAGCUCGUGCAGAGCGUCUCGGUUACGAGGACAACGACACUCUGGAUAACCCAAAUCAUCACCCGCAGCCUCAAGUUGCCACUCCCACACAACCUGUGCCUUCCCCAUUCGUCCACCAGCCUGCUGCUGAAGUACAGCAUCCGGUAGGGCAAAGCCCCCAAAUUCAGAAUCUGCAAUGUCAGCUGUGUUGGCGAAAGUUCGCCACCGCCGCACCCUACGAAUAUCAUGUUAAGAAGCAACUCUGCACAAAGCCCCCACCGAAUACAUCUGGGUUCCCUUUUUCAUGUGCCUACUGCGGCGCUGGGUUCAUCACCAAUGUUGGCCAACAAUACCAUCUUGCCAACAAGGUAUGUGGAGAUCACGGCACGGCUCCUGCGACACCAAAGGCCCCUGCCUCGGGCUCGCCCAUCCCUCCGUCCUCCAGAGCAAACAGUCCUGCUUUACCUUCCUCCUCGAUGCCAGCACCGGUCUCCAUGAGAUCUUCAGCGUAUCAGACGGCGGCUACUCCCAGUCACUACACAGCAAGCCCAUACACAGCGCCCCCAACUGCGACUCCCGGCAUGCCCAUUCCGUUAGGAGAGGCUGACCCCUAUGGUCACCUGACCUCUGUCACCCGCGCGAGAAUGGAAGAUGAUCUGAAGCAAGCUGAGUUGACCUAUGCUCCUCGAUUUGCUGAGGCAGAGACCAUUCCCGACCUAGCACAGCGGAAGGCCAGACUGGAUGCUCUCCAAAACAGCUUCAGCACCAAGCAAAGUAUUAUCCGGAAGAAGUACGGCGUUCGUCUACGGCAGCGUCGCACUCGAGCUGAGAUCGAGGCGGAGCGUGAGCGUAUGGCGAGAGGGGGAGGCAGCAGUAAUAAACGCCGUCGAACCGAUGAUUACAAAUCCUUCGCCUCCAACCCCGCGUACCUAAACACCUCACAGCAGCAACAGCCAGCCAGCAGUACGCCGGAAAAGCCCAACCCUGCAGUUGAUUACUCUCCCAGCAAGCAUCUUUCGGUCUCCGACAUGAACUCUGCUGGGCUAGGUGGCUCGAGUGCUACGGCAGCAACGACCGAUCCGACGGCUCCCGUCCAGUCAGACAUACGUCCGGCGGCAGAUCUGCCUCGUAACAGCCUGUCUUCCUAUCAACGAAGCGGAUAUCGGAUCUCGACUCACGGUCGCCGAUCGACGCAGCAGUCUCCUGCGUCAGUAAGCUCAGACAGCACCGCAGGGGAUCAAGCCGAUCAAGAAGGUCAAGCCAGACACGAUCAGGCCAACAAGGAGCAACGCCGUGGCUCGGUUGCCGCUCCUAUGUUACUGGACGAUAGCAAUUCGGAUUCGGACUCGGACUCGGACGCGGAGAUCCCAGCUACUCUUCCAUCCGGCAGAAAAGCCAGCGGUACACCAUUGAAAGCGUUGGCUGGCUAA